AUGGCGACUAUUGGAGGAGCCGCUGCAGCCGGCGGCGAGGACAAGAACAGCGGGGGCAAUAUUCCCGUACCCGUCCUUGACGGCACGGGCAAGACGAUGAAGAAGUUCCGCCGAAAAGUCGCCGCCUGGCAGAUCGGCGCAGAGGUCAAGCUGCCCAAGCAGGGCGCGACGCCGUUGGCCAGCCUCAAGGGCAAGGCCGAGGAGGCGCGCGAGGAGCUCGACCUGGAGACCAUCAAGGGCGACGACUCGGUGGAGGUUUUCUUGGCGUGCCUCGGGAAACGCUUUCCCGAGAUCGAAGUAUUGGAGUUACCGGCGCUCCUGGAGACAUUCGUGAAGCCGGCGUGCAUCCGGCGCAAGCUUGAGGAGAUCCGCGAUUUCAACAAUCGCUUCAACAGCAUAGCGACGAAGCUGAGAGCUAAGGACAUCCAGGUGCCCGACGAGGUCUUGGCCGACCGGUGCAUCAAGGGCGCCCGCCUGCCACCGGAGCGCGCGGCGAGUGUGCUGAACGGCGUGGGCAACAAGUUUAAUCCGACGAAGAUCCAGGAGCAGCUCACGAUCAAUUUGCCCAAAGUAUCGGUCGUGGACGGCAACGAAGAGCAUCGCCACGGCAGAGGUGGCUACGGAGGUCACAAGAAGGACCACAAGAAGGUGUACGCCACGGAGGCCUAUGACGAGGCCGAGAACGACGGCGCGUCCACCGACAGCUCCGAGGGCAACGCCGACGAUUUGCCGGAUGAGCUGCAGGACGUGAUGGGCGAGGCGGAGGGGCAGGUGUUUUUCUUCGCCAAGAAGAUGGUGCGCGCCAAGGGCAAGCUAAAGGAGGCUAAGCAAGCGCGCGGCUACUUCGCCAAGCGAGACGGCGGGCGCCCGCCGAAGAAUGUCGAUGCCAAGACCGCCAAGAUAAGGCGAGGGCGCAGCUGCUCCAAGAAGAACGACCCCAACGCGCGGGCCGACAUCCCGCGGAAGGGCUGUCGCAAGACGAACAUGACUACGAACGACGGGGCUGGCGCCGCGCAGGGGCCCCACGUCGCGGAGAUGGCGGUCGCGGCGGUCUGCCCGCGCGAGCAGCCGAGAGCGGCGCGAGAUCAGAGGGGGAUCACCUUCGGCAACGCGCUGCGCGACAUGCCCGAGGAGGUGACGGCUGCCUCGUUCUACAUCAACAAGGACAGCCAGUGCCACAUGGCUGCGACGGGUUCGGCGCUCAUCUACAUCAGAGUCGAAGGCCUACUCAAGGAGUCGGGCGGCAAGCUGACUUCCGACGCUGCCUGCUUGCGGUGCGUCGGCGACCAGGACUGGUGCAACGACGCCAAGAAGAAGCUGGCGGCCUUCAGCAUCCAGCCGAUCCAGUUCCCGGAGAAGGAGCCGUUCCGCUUCGGAGCGUCCAAGGUGGCGUACAGCCUCAAGGCGGCGUUGAUUCCCGGCUCGGUGAAUGGCAAGGCCUUCGCCGUGCGCAUGAGCAUUGUGCGCGGCGCCGUGCUUGGGCUGUUCAGCCGCCAGGCCCAGAGCGAGCUGGUCGUUGUCUACCACGCAGGGGACAACGAGGAGCUUCACAUCAAGUCUGUCAACGAGCACGGCAUCCAGAUGGGUUUGGGCCGCGCUGGACACCCGACGCUUGAGAUCACAGGCUUCGCGCCAAACUACAAGCCCGUGUCGGGCGUCUCGGACGACAAGACCAGCGCCGCCAAGCCGGUAGCGCCCGAGUGCUGCGACCAAGGGGUCGCCUCGGAGGCCGACGAGUCUCAGUCGGAGACUGAUUGUGACGAGCUCGACAGCGCUGAACUAGUCGAGCAGCAGGCGGAGGUGGCAAGCUACGAGUUGGAUGUGCGCGACGCGACGUGCGACCAGCUCCGCGUCAUCUUGCGCGCGCUGAGGGCCAAGGUCCAGGACAGGGCGCGCUUCGGCAAGAUGCGCAAGCACGAGCUCCAGGAGUUGUGCAGAAUGAAGGGCAUCGAUUUCGACCGGCACACGACUGCGCCGGAGCUCAGGCAGCGCCCGAAGGGCUGGAAGGUCGAGAACGCGGUCAGCGGCGCCUCGAGCAACGUGGCCUAUCCAAGCUCGCAGAUCACGGGGAACGACAAGAUGCGCUUCGGCGGCAAGUACCCGACCGCGGAUUACCGCUGGGUGCUCAAGAACGACCUGGGUUACGCGCGGUGGGCGGUGCUGGAGCUGGACAACGGCCGACCGAGCCCGCUCCUGGCGCGCUUCGGCAGGUGGGUCAAGGCUCACGGAGUGAAGCCGCUCGAGCCAGAGAAAUUCAAGACCGCCAUCGAGGCGGUGAUGGCCGCGGAGGUGGUCCUGGACGACGAGUCGGCGGCGCUGACGGCGACGAUCCAGCGGGCCCCAGCAUGUCAAGGCAGCUGGGCGGGUCACCGCCGCCCGAGGACGGUCGAGGAGCACGAGAUGGACGCCGGCGACCACGGCGGGCGAGACCGACCAGGAGACGGAUGCGGCGUCUCCGCGCGACAAGGCCUGGGCGGCGGCAGCCGCCGGGACCGGCCGCCAGCCUCGGGCGGGCGGCCAGGCAUCAAGAAGGGCAAGCGCGUCGGCUUACUCUACCAGGUCACGGGCUUGCUGAGCGCCUUCGCGUUUCAGGCGGUGCUCCCCGCGGACUGGCUGUCCCGCCCUCUAAAGCCGUUCGCUCAGUAUGCGACGGGCGCCGCGCAGGACGUGGCCGACCACGUGAGGGGCGUCGAGGAGAUCUACGCCGCCCGGAGCCACGGCGUGGACGUCACGCAGGUGUUUGGAGGCGAAGGCGGUAUUACCGAGGCGGCAGUGCGCCGCGACGUGACAGCCACGGAGGUGAUCGACCGCAAGUGCGGCUGGGGCUUCCGCAAGCAGAAGGACCUCGAGAUGACGUACGAGCGGUGCCACGCAUCGAGUUCGAAGUUCGUGUCGACCGAGCUACCCUGCACCUACUGCGCGAACAUUGCGCACCUCAACUUCCGCGCGCCGCAGGGCAAGCAGGCGCUGCGGCGAUUGUGGCGCGCGGAGCGGCCAUUUCUUUUCUUGGCUCGCGACCUCGUCAAGUCGCAGCUCGAUUCAGGCGGCGUCGCCAUGAUCGAGAACCCGGCCACCAGCCGGAUCUUGACACAGCGCAUCAUGAUGGAGCUACUUGCCGACAAGCGCGUGUACCAGGUGAGGCGCGACAUGUGCGAGUACGGAGCUCGACGCUACAGGGCAAGGCGGCUCAUCGAGCACCCCGCCAGGCUGCUCGUCGCCCGCAAGGAGUUCGAGCGGCUACGCCGCACCUGCAGCCACGCGCGCCACGACCAGACGUUCGGGGACAACGUGGCGGUGCGGAAGUCUGGCGUUUACCCAGCCAUGUUCUGCCGAGCGGUGGUUCGCAUCGUCGAGCAGAUCAUUCGCCGGCAGGGUGGGCCUCGCGCCUGCCAGGUGGACUGCGGCGCUUCUUCGUCGCCCUUCAUCGCGACGGAGUUGAAGGAGCAGGCCGCCGCCUACGUGAACGACGCCGCGUCCUUGGGAGAGACGGGCGAGCCUAUUGGGGACUCAGACCCCAUGGGCGGCGGAGACGAUUUCGCCGACGCUCGCGACGUGAAGACCGACGAGACUGUGGACGGCAGGAUCGGGGUCGCCGAGUUGGCCAUCCUCAAGAGACUCCGCGUCAACGUGGGCCAUCCGUCGCAUGAAGACUUGGGCCGCAGUCUGCGACUCAAGGGCGCUAAGUCGGCCACCGUGCAGGCCGUCAAGGGGCUGAUCUGCGGAGCGUGCCGCUCGCAGCAGCGCCCGAGCGCGAGGGGGCCAGCGCACCUCCACUUCGUGCAGGAUUUCGGCGACGAUGUGGGCUUCGCUUGCUUCGAGCUCAAGGACGUCGACGGCGAGAGUUACUGGUACUUCAGCAUCGUCGACUUGGCUACUACCUUCCACGUCGCGACGCUGAUCGGUCGCCGCGCCAGCCAGGAGUUCGCUACGGCCUUCGAGAGGUCCUGGGCCUCCUGGGCCGGCGUCCCGGACCGAGUCCACUUCGACGUGGAGAGGGGCUUCGGCGGCGUUCUCAGAGAGAUGUUCCAGUCUUUCGACACGGUGCAGCUACCUAUUGCGGGACAGGCCCACUGGCAGCUCGGUCGAGUGGAACGUCAGGGAGCCUGGUGGAAGGAGCUCGCUGCAAGGGCGAUCGAGCCCUCGUCGAUCAGGGGCGAGGACGAGAUGCGGACGCUGGGCAUCAUGGCGUCGGGCGCGAAGAACUCGCUGAGGCGGCGGGCUGGCUUCUGCCUCGCGCAGUGGGUGCUGGGGGGCGAUCCCAAGAGGCCCGCCGACCCGGUGGACGACACGGCCAACUACAGUGCCCACAGCCUCGCCACCAAUGACGGGAAUAUUCGCCGCCGAUAUGCAAUUCGAGCGGCGGCGCGCGAGUCGUUUAUGCGGAUGCAGAACGACGACCAGCUCAGACGAGCUAUGCUGGCUCGCGCGCGCGCCGUGGCCACGCCCUUGUUAGUGGGCGAGAUGUGCUACAUUUUCCGCCAAGUCAAGAAGAGGGGGCAGAAGGGGCGCGCCAUGCUGGUGGCCCCGGAGCACAUCAAGGCGCUCGCUCCGGACGACGUCUGGUUCCCGAACGGUCGGGGCGAGAUCGGCCAGGUCCAGCCAGACGAGAUGGAGCAGGCGUGGCGGGAGUUCAUCGACAGCCCAGGCGACGACGACGACCUGAUGCUGAACGUUCCCGACCGAAGUCCCAGGAGCAGAUCGAGGUGCUGCCCGCCGGCCGAGCCGACAUGCCUCAGUCAGCCUUGGAGGAGCAGCCCUAUAGGUCCCGUCGAGUUCCGACGACGGCGAGCGACCUUCGACGGGGCGGGCAGCGGCGACUUCGGCUCGGCCAUCAAGGGUCUGCAGACCGCCAAGGGGCACGCGGUCUCCGGAGGACCGCCCCCGAGGACAGCCUCGCGCGAUCGGGCGGCCGUGCCCGACGGCGGAGCAGCGGCCGGAUCCGAGCAGGAGGGCGCUAUAGAGCUUUCGAGGUCGGCUCCCAGAGAAGCGAUGCAGACCUCCGUCGUCGCCGAGAGGAUCGAGCGCAAGCAAGCCGACAAGGGGAUCCACUGGAGGGCCAUCAAGGACUUCGACAGGGGGCUCUACCGAGAGGCGGCGGCCAAGCAGUGGAGCGAGUGGCAGAAGUACGGAUCUUGUCAGGUGCUCACCCUCGAGGCCAAGGCCCGACUCUGCGUCGGGGGUCACAUGGGCCCGCGUCUCGCUCAGGGCGACCUGCGCACAGACGCGCCUACGGUCACCCGCAUCUCGACUAUGCUGUUCUUCACCGUCUGCCAGGGAUUCGACCUGGAGAUCUACGCAGCGGACGUGGAGGCGGCUUUCAUGCAAGGCGACGAGCAGCCCGACCAGCAGUUGCACAUGGCUCAGCCCCGCGAGGGCUUACCUGAGUUGCACCCGGGGCAGUUGAUCAUUAUCCUCAAGGGGGUCUUCGGGCUAGCCACCGCACCGCGACAGUGGUGGGCCAAGCUCAAAAGGACCUUGCUCGCGGUGGAGGAGAAGCUAGGUGACUGCAUGUUCCGACUUCGCCAGCAUUCGCUAGAUCCGGCGCUGUACUACGGCUACGAGAAGCGCGGGGAGCUGUGCGCGGUGGUGGUCGCCCACGUGGACGACCUGCUGCUGGGCGUCUCGCGCAAGUGCCCGACCCUGUGCGACCGGCUCUACAAGCUCCUGCCGUGGGGCGAGUGGAGGGCGACCUGCGCCUACGCCAGAGAGUACGCGAACACGAUCGAAGAGAUCGUGCUCAGCAAGGGGCGCAAGACGGAGCUGUCGGUGGAGGCGACGCCAGCCGAGUUUUCGGACGACCGCUCCGCCCUCGGAGCGCUUGGAUUGCUCUCAUCGCAGGCUUGGCCAGACCUGUCAGCUAGAGUGGCCAUGGGACAGCGCGCCCAGAACAAGCCCACCAUCCAGGACCUGCUCGAGACGAAUCGGCUCAUCAAGCUGACGCGGAAGCACGCGGACGUGGGACUGGAAUUCCUGAAGCUACGUGGACCGCUUUGCUUGGUCAUUUUCCACGACGGCAGCUGGGCCAAUGCUGACGAGCCUCCUGAAGGUGUCAUAGCUACGCUACUCACCAAGAUCGUUGGAAGCAAGGACAAGAAUAUCAAGAUCCGCUCGCAGGCCGGCUACGUGACGUUCAUCGCCGAGGCCAAGCUGUUGUGCAGCGACAAGGUCACAGAUUGCGCUAGCUUGUGCGAUGCGAUACACAAAGACGGUUAUUCCAAGCUCCCGUCAGAGCGGCGCCUUUUGCUAGACCUAGUAGGUGCGGUGCUCCUGGCGCGCCGGAGCGGCGCUGCCGAGAGCAAAGGGCCCGCGCGCGCCUGGCUCAGGUACCGCCGCAAUCGUGUGGGCGGCGCGCUGUGCAGGCCCGCGCUGUCCUGCGGCGCCGGCGUCCCAGCAGGCGCUGUCGAGCCCCUGGGGUGGCUGGAGUGUGUCCUGGCGUACUCCUCGCUCGUCCUGGUGUUCAUCGUGGGGGCUGCCGCCGGGGCCGCGGGCCAGUGGUGGCUGAGCCGCCGGAGCGGGUGCCCAGCGAAGGCAGCGGCGGCUGCGCCGACGCUAAGUCUCAAGGACGAGGCUCGCGAGCAGGCAGCCGCUGCCCGAGCCCGCCAGACGCGACCGAUCGCCGUGAUGGCGCACCCGUUCGUGACCAUCGGAGGCCAGGUCGGUGACUUCAUGAUGAUCCGCUACGGGGUCGGUGGCCGCAGGGUGUGGCACGAGAGGCUCGUGCUGGCGCUGGCAGAGAUGCCAUUCGGCGGCCCCGGCAUCGUGGCGGUGGUGUUGUGCGCGGGCGGCGCAGCGGGUGGCGCUGCAGCGGGCCUGGGCGGCGACGCAGAGCACCGCUUCCGGGCGGUGCCGCUGGCGGCGACGAUCGCAGCGGCUCAGGCGGCUGUGGAUGCGGAGCUGGGGCUGCCCGCAGGGCUGGCGGUGGUACCAAACGUUGGCGGGAGACCUCUCGCGGUCGGUGCCCCAGGCCUCGGGCUUGCGGCCUUGCCGCCAGCAGGCGGCGGCGCCGCAGCCGGGGUUGGUGGCCUUGCGGCUGCGCUCGGAGGCGCUGGCGUGGGAGGCGCCGCUGCGGCCGGCGCCGCUCCCGCUGCGAGAGCGCCAGCGGGUGGUGCCCUCGUGGCCGCCGCGGCCCCCGCAGCCGCCGCGGCCGCCGUGCCGCUCGCGGAGGGGGCAGCCCCUGCCGCCGCGGGUGCGCCCGGGGCCGCGCCGUCAGCGGAGGCGGCGGGUGCCGCCGUGCCCGCGGCCCCCGUGGGGGGCGCGGCGGGUGGCGCCGCUGCCCGUGGAGUUGACCUGCGGAUCAUGUCGGUGGCCUACGACAUCCGCGGCGAGUGGCAUCGCGAGUACGGCGAAGCAGUGAAACAGCUGGUGGAGGCACCGUUUGCGGACUGGCUGUUGGAGGUGGGGCUGCGCUACGACCAGCUCCGCAGCAGCAGCCUGGCGACCAUGGAGCUCGUGGCGCGGGCCCUCCAGACCGAGAACGAGCGAUAUAGGCACCGCUUCGAGAGCGAGACGGACUUCGGGGUGAUCGAGGGCUUGAUUCCAAGGAGAGGGGGGAAACCUGUGAAGAACGCGCUCUCGCAGUUGGAGUUGAUGGUGGCCCUGAGCAUCCACCUCGUAGGCAGCCCUGGCGAGAAUGCCGGCUCAGCGGAGUUCCUCCGCUGCAGGGCUGCAGAGCGCCAGCGCGACAUCUUCCCGCUGCCGCUGGUCACCUCGGACGCGGCCUUCUCUGGCGCGUGCGGUCGGAGAUCGCAAAGGCGCCAGGCACUUCGUGAACGCCAUCUGCGUCGGCUCAACGAGGCCAUUGCAUCUUUGAGUUCGCUCUUUGGCUGUCGCAGCAGCUUCGGGGGCCCUGUCAGCGAGACCUGGCGCGCGGCCCCGUGCAAUAUGAACGCCGAUCUGCAUCGAUUGGGUCGGAGGCCCGACAAGCAUGCCGAGGCGCGCGAAUGCGAGGACGGAGCCUUCGAGGAGCUCCUCAACGGCGUGUCGAUCUACGGAGAUGCCGCGCCCAGCCCAGUCCCAUCGACGGGCGCGUGCGUGGCGACCGCGGACAUGGAGUGCGCUUCUUAUCGCGUGCGCCUUCCAGCAGGCAUGGAGGACUACUUCACAUUGCCCGCGAUUGAUGCGACCUUCCUGAUGGAGGCAGGGAUGACGGGCCUUCCUUUCAGCCCCGGGCUGCUCGUGGCGGCCGAGGGCGCCCCCCCACCAGUGGCCGCCGGCGCCUACGUGGACAACGUGGCCGCCGCGGGCGUGACGGCGAAGGCGGCGUGCGAUCUGUUAUGCACGCUUGUCAGCAGCCUGAGGCGCGCAGGGCUGGUUGUCCACGAGAUCGUCGAGGCGUUCCCGGACGUUGAGUUUCUUGGUCUGCAGCUCCAUGGCGGGGUGGCGCUCGCCAUCAAGGGCCGCAUCGUCUGGGGGCUGCGCGCGGCGAUCGGUGCGCUGCCGCGACGCCGCUGGACUACCGGCUCCGCGCUGCGGGCCGUGCUGGGUCACGUCGCGUGGGCCGCCGCCGAGAGGCUCAACAAGCUGGACCGCAUUCUCAUGAACGUCAAGAGCUACUUCGACAACGACGGGAGCUACGAGUUCAGUGCCUACAAGCGCCUGUCGUUUCACAACAUGGCAUUCUUUACUACUCGUUUCAGCACUGGCAUAAUCUGGCAUCACUGUUUCGUGUCAAUCGUAAUAUUCGUCGCCUUCACGCUGCACGUCUCAAAGAACUUAACGAACAACGACGUCUCGAGCUUCAAGACGCCUGGCGACAACGACGACUGGCUGAAGCAUGGCAAUUGGCACGACUUCUUACAGGCAGACGCAUUGGACGAAGACUUCGUAAUUAUCACAAAGCUGCACUUCGACGGCGCUCAGAAGCCGAAUGGUUUGCCAAACUUUCUCAACCUGGUUCUCAAGGCGGCUGGAAUUGCAUACGUUUACCUACCUCACAAGUACGUCAGGAAUUCUUCGACGAUCAUGAUGACGAAGUUCACGUUAGUUAUCAGUGCCACUUACUUGGUGAAUAUGACCUCAAACAAGUUAGCUGGUGCACGGCACGACACUGUCCUGAACACCAUAUUCGACGAGUACACGAUCGCGCAGCACACGGGCAAGAGCGAGUCCACCGCCCUCGUUCUUCUCAUAGCAAAGUUGACCCUCAGUACUGCUAUGUCGUCGAGGAUUCUCAGGGCCAUCGUAUUGGAAAACUAUCAGGUGAGCGAGAGCUCCGAGUAUUUCGUCCAGGGGAAGAAUUCUACCGAGAGCUAUGCGGAGGCUGCGAAGCAGUGCGGGAAGGACCAGAAGCAACAGAAGAUCGCAGCCCUCGCUCAUCCUCACGUACACGUCUGGAAUGCAUGGAUCAUCGUGGCGAAGACGUCCCUUGGAGUGAAAGACCUCGACCCGCCGAAGGCCACCAGUCUUCAGCAAUACAUCGACAAGAUGAAACAAGGCAGCCCCGAGACGUCCAAAUACCUUCACAAUCUCCUGAAAGAAGUUCAAUAUGCACGAUGCUGCAAGACCUACGACAGCAAGACCAAGCGCCUGGAGGUCAACGUCAAGCCCAACAGCGACAGCGAGAAGGUAUUGCAGCAAAUCCUGGUUCCGUUGUGGCUACGCGACAAAGCAGUGAAGCUCGAAGGAGUGGCGCCACCAGGGGACCUCGAGCGCAGGAUUCAGCAGGCGAUCGACGAGUUCGAGGCCCAGUCGAGCUGCGCGCUGUGGAUAUCCACGUCGCCACCAAGAAGUCUCCUGCUGGCCAACACGCCCGCGACGGCCGCGGCGCUCGAGAGCCGCCUGGCCCAGGCCGCCAAGGCGCGGCCAGUGGGUGCCGCCCGCGACCUCGGAGUGGAUUGCGCCCUGGCUGGACGGGCGCCCGGGCUCGUCCGUCGGCGCCGCCGCAAGCAGGCCAGCUUUGCCUGCUGCGCGGGGCUCAGCGACACCGACCUCGAAGCCGCGCGCACGAUGGCGUUCAGAUCAGUCGAGGUCAGGGCUGUCUGGGAGCGGUGGAUCCCUGGACAGGCCCUGGACAAGGCUUUCGCGGCGGCCCUGGCCGCGUCGGGCAGCUGGGCCGACUGCCGCGGCCCCGUGGAGGCCGCUCUCCUGUCCAUGCGCCGCGCGGGCUGGGAGGCGGCCUCGCUCGAUGCAUGGGCCACGCGCGACGGCUUUCACCGCAGCGUCAGCGACGCCAGCCCGUGGUUCACAAAGAAGCUGCUCGGCCGCAGUUGCGAGUGCUGGCAGGCCAAGCAGCUCAGCAAGCACGACGCCUCCUGGCUCGACGGCGGCGUCAAUUUCGGCCAGUUUCGGCGGUGGGCGGCCGGCGGCCGUGGUACCUCCCACGAAGCGCGGAGCUGGCCCAGCCUCAGCAGCGAGCAGCGCGGCUACCUCAGGUACGGCCAGUGGACCAACGCCAGGAAGUGCGGCAACGACCCGGGGUGCGCCCCUUUGGACACCUGCGAGCUCUGCCCCAACCACGUCGGCGACCUCUGGCACGGGCACUUCUGCUGCAGCGCCAUCCAAGACCGCGGCCUCAGGUUUCUGAGCGAGAUCGCCCUGCUGCUGCCGCAGAAGGACAACGCGGACGCGGUUGUCAGGUGCCUGUCGAGCGAGUCCUAUUUCCAGCCCAGCAGCUCCGGUGGAGGCCUCCCAGCGGCGGCUUCCUCGACCACGUCCGCUGGUGUCGCGGUGAGCCAGGAAGUCGAUCCAGGCGUUGGCAGCCGCGCCAGGGCGCUGGGCGCGCCGCUGGUUGGGCCCUGGCAGAGCAUCGAGGGCGCGGGGCUGCUGGCGGUGCUCAUCGUCCUGCGGCAUGCCAUCCCUCCCGUCGAGCUGCACUACGACGCCAGCUACGUCGUCGACAGCAUAAACCUACGGGGCGAGGCCCGCGCGACGCUGGCGCCCUCAGCGCGGGGGCAUCUCGGGCGGCAGGUGUGGCAGACGCUCCACGACUUCGGUGGCGUAGGAGGGAUCGCCCACCACCUGCGCGCCCCCUCGGCCGAGAGACAGACACAGCUGCGUGCCCAGCCCUUCGUCGACGGCGUCGUGCACAGGGCGGCCGCGGCUGGUGCUCCAGCGUCCGCCGACAGGCUCGACAGCAUGCGCGGCUACGUGGCCCGCGACGAGGCCGACGAGGACCGCCUCCUCCCCACCGACCACACGUUCGGCGCGCUCGGCUCGGGCUCCUGGCGCUGCGCAGCGUGUCUGCGCACGGCGCGGACCAGGAAGUCGAAGCGCGUGCUGUGUCGGCCCCCGCGCGCCCCCAGGAUCGCCCCAGUGGCCGGGAAGGCGGCGCCGUCCAGUGCGGCAGCAGGCGUGGCCAUCGCGGCGGCGGCGGCGGCGGCUGCGGCAGCCGCCGACGGCGCCGACAGCCAACCAGGAGUGCUCGGGUCUGGUCGGGGCCAGGGCCCCACGCCGAGCGCGGUGGAGCAGGGGCCCACGACCGCAGGCGAGGUUGGCUCGGCCCGCGGCCAGGGCCCAGCGUCGAGUUCGCGGGGCCCGCCGCCUGCCCCAGCGGGGGGCGCUGCGGCCCAGGGCGCCGCCGCGGCCGGCGGCCAGGUCGGAGCCGCGGCCGCCCGCGGGUGCACUUCGGAGGCAGCUGCGAGGUCCCGAUCACCACGGCCCGCCACGGCACGGCCGUCGGCGGGGCCAGCGGGGCUUGCUGGGGGCGACACCGACGCCGAGGACGGCCCGCCGCGGGCGCGUGAUGCCCUCGGCCACAUCGUGCAGCGUGCCUUCGGCUACGUGCUGUGCGCGAGGUGCCACGCCUACGCCAGGGGGCGCCUCGGCAGCAUCAAAACUUUAGCGGCUCAGUGCGCCCCGCACGUGGGCGAGGACUGCGCGAGCCACGUCAAGGGCCUCCGGGAGGAGCUCGUGGCCUGCUCACGCAGUGGCAACGUCGCCCGCGCGGAGGACCUUCUCUCGCGCAUCGUGCUCGCCCACGGGAUCGAUGACUGCGUGGACGACUUUAACGCUGCCAUCCACACCUGCACGCAGGCGGGCGACAUGGUGCGGGUGGAGAAGUACCUUGUCCAGAUGGCGGCGCAGGGCCCCGCGCCGAACAUGCGCACGUACAAUUCGGUGCUCAACGCCUACGCCGCCAAGGGCGACGCCUCGCGCACCGAGAGCUUCCUUCAUCGCAUGAAGCUCAUGGGCGUGCAGCCGAACUUCGUGACUUACAGCACUAUCUGCAAGGUCUACGCCCGCCUGGGCGCGGUCGACCAGAUCGAGAAGGUCAUGGCCACUGUCGAGGAGCAAGUCGGGCCGCUCAACGAGUACUUCUUCGCCUCUCUGAUCUCCGCCUGCGGCAAAGCGAACCCGCCUCAGCCGGCGCGCGCCGAGAGCGCCUUGGGGGAGCUUGUCCGCCGCGGCCUGAAGGCGCAGAGCGUCAAGCGGGCGCUGUCGCGGGUUGUUGGUGACGACAGGACCGCGCAGCUGUUCAAGAAGAUCCUCGGGCAGGCCCGGCCGUCCACGUCUACCCACGAACAGUUGCCAUUACCACCAGGCCCCGUCGGCGUGCCGCCCGUCUACGCGCCGCCCGGGCUCUCCGCGGCCGCCGUCCCGCCGAAG